GGUCCUUUCAACUCCAACGUUUGGCUCCUCUCCAAAUUUUGAGCCUAUUACUCCGGGGAGUAAACUUGUUGCAUAGUGCUGUUAAUGCAACAUUGGCUACCCGACCGAUGCAUGAGAUUACCUUUUCAACCAUCCAUAAGCCUAAACUCCUUAGUCAGCUUACUUCCCUGCUUAGUGAGCUUGGAUUGAACAUUCAAGAGGCUCAUGCUUUCUCCACUGCCGAUGGGUUUUCUUUGAAUGUCUUUGUUCUUUGAAAAUAAAAUCUGUCUCGAACAAACCUGCCACCAUGAGUACCAAGAAGUAUACGCCUGAUGAUCAGGAAUGGCCGAGUGAUCUCCCUGAGCAUUUUGUUGAUAUUGGUAAAGACUGGAGAAACACACCUUUCAUCAUCCGCCCUGCUGCGUAUCAAGGACUCUUAGAUCUGUGUUGGGCAGUUUGCAUUAAUCGAUCUGUGGAGUCAGCUUUUAAUCUUCUAGAUGAUGGGAGAGAACCCGUGAGGCUUUCUGCACAACACCUGGUUAACGGUGUCCAUAAACACGAGUCUGGGCACAUUACCCAUUUCGAUGGUGUAAGAGACUUCAUGAAGCGGCAUGGGAUGGUCCCUGAGGCAUCUUGCCCAUGGACAGGGAAGGUAGAUAAAGAGCUGGGAUGCACUCACAAACAUGUAGAUGAAGAAUCUGUGUAUAAGGUUAAUGACCUGGUUUUGUUGAAAAAGAUCUCAUCUUGAUUCUCCAGAACCAGCCGAUUCUUGCGGUGAUGCAAUACUGCACUGAACUAGAAGAUCACCGAGAGGGUAUAUACGAUGGCCCUGGACGGAGUACAUCAAACACGAAGUCAGCCAAAAAGAUGCGGAGGUCUAGGCUCCAUGUCGUGGAAGUAUUGGGUUACAAUACCGAUACCGCUGGAGACACAGAAGGCAAGCACUAUUGGCUUGUGCAAAUGGCCUCGGGAACAGAAUGGUGUAGGCAAAGUAAUGAGGCAAAUCAGCAGAAAGGAAGACAAGUCCCUAUUCGUUAGCGCCUUGUACCCGAACGUUGGUUUGAGAGAGGCUUGAUCGGUGAGGAUGGAUUGACACAUUUAAAGAUCUCAUAAGAUUUUUCUUUUUUUUUUUUUUUUUUUUGUAUAACAAAAUUUCAGUAAGACAUUAACUCUUUUGUAAGUGAUAGAAGGGUGUCUAAUUAGCAUUUGAUAAAAGUCAAUAUGAGUUUAAGCGCACUUAAUUGUAAACUUUGAGAAAAGAAUAAAAAAAGCUCAACAAGAGGUAAAUAAAAA